UUCUGCGGUGCCGGGAUGGAGCACGUGACGGAAGGCGCCUGGGAGACGCUGCCGGUUCCUCUGCACCCGCGAGUGCUGGCGGCGCUGCGUGAGCUCGGCUUCCCCUAUAUGACGCCGGUGCAGUCUGCAACCAUCCCUCUAUUUAUGAAAAACAAAGACAUCGCUGCAGAAGCUGUCACAGGUAGUGGCAAAACACUGGCCUUUGUUAUUCCCAUCUUGCAAAUUUUGCUGAAGAGGGAAGAGAAGUUAAAAAAAAUGCAGGUUGGAGCUAUCAUCAUCACACCCACGAGAGAACUUGCUAUCCAGAUCAAUGAAGUACUAUUACAUUUUUCUAAGCACUUCCCACAAUUUAGCCAGAUUCUUUUAAUUGGUGGUAGGAACCCAGGUGAAGAUGUUGAGAGGUUCAAAGAACAAGGUGGGAACAUCAUAGUUGCCACUCCAGGCCGCUUGGAGGACAUGUUCAGGAGAAAGGCAGAAGGGCUGGAUUUGGCAAAUUGUGUGAAGUCCCUUGACGUUCUGGUAUUGGAUGAAGCAGAUCGACUUCUGGACAUGGGGUUUGAAGCCAGUAUAAAUACCAUUCUGGAAUUUUUGCCAAAGCAGAGGAGAACAGGCCUCUUUUCUGCCACUCAAACUCAAGAGGUUGAGAACCUGGUGAGAGCUGGUCUUCGGAAUCCUGUCCGAAUUUCAGUGAAAGAGAAAGGGGUGGCAGCCACUAGCACUCAGAAGACUCCCAGCCGCCUGGAAAACUACUACAUGGUAUGCAAAGCAGAUGAGAAAUUUAAUCAACUUGUGCAUUUUCUCCGAAAUCACAAACAGGAAAAACACUUGGUGUUCUUCAGUACGUGUGCUUGUGUGGAAUAUUAUGGAAAGGCUCUUGAGGCCCUCAUUAAGAAUGUAAAAAUCAUGUGCAUUCAUGGGAAGAUGAAAUACAAACGCAAUAAGAUAUUCAUGGAGUUUCGCAAACUACAAAGUGGUAUUUUAGUGUGCACUGAUGUGAUGGCCCGGGGAAUAGACAUUCCUGAAGUAAAUUGGGUUUUGCAGUAUGACCCACCUAGCAAUGCAAGUGCCUUUGUGCAUCGCUGUGGACGCACAGCCCGGAUCGGGCACACUGGCAGUGCACUCGUGUUCUUGCUUCCCAUGGAAGAGUCCUAUGUCAAUUUUCUCUCCAUUAACCAAAAAUGUCCCCUGCAGGAGAUGAAGCCGCAGAAAAACCCAGCUGAUCUUCUCCCCCAGCUGAAGUCACUGGCUCUGGCAGACAGAGCAGUGUUUGAGAAGGGGAUGAAAGCUUUUGUAUCUUGUGUCCAGGCCUACGCAAAGCACGAAUGUAAUCUCAUCUUCCGAUUAAAAGACCUAGAUUUUGCUAGUCUUGCUCGAGGUUUUGCCCUGCUCCGGAUGCCCAAGAUGCCAGAACUGAGGGGAAAACAGUUUCCAAAUUUUGUGCCUGUUGCUAUCGAUACAGAUACCAUUGCAUUUAAAGACAAAAACAGAGAAAAACAAAGACAGAAAUUUCUUGAGCAACAAAGAAAAGAAAAAAAAGAAAGUGAAGGGAGAAAGAAAUUUAUCAAGAACAAAGCCUGGUCAAAGCAGAAAGCCAAGAAGGAAAAGAAGAAAAAAAUGAAUGAAAAGAGGAAAAGAGAAGAGGAUCUAGAUAUUGAAGAUGAAGACAUGCAGGAGCUGCUCAAUGACACGAGACUCUUGAAAAAGCUGAAAAAGGGCAAAAUGAGUGAAGAGGAGUUUGAGAAGAAGUUGUUGGCAAGCAGCAAAGGGCAGGGCAAGGAUUUGGAGUCCUUGGAUCUGGAAGGUGACGACGGCUGACCCAAGGAGGGCCAUGUCUGAAGGGCAGUAUUAAAAGUUCAAGGAAGGGCUUGGUGAAGUAACUUCACACUCCUGGGGGACAAGGCCCACCUGCUCUGGUUAUGCCUCAGGUGGGAGAUUUUGGCUGACAUCUGUGCAGAACCCACUAUCUCAUUCUGCUCAAGAGAGAACCACAAACCCAAGGAGCAAUUUCUGCCUCUGACUUCUCAUUCAGACUGAGGGGAACAAACAACAUUUUUGUUGUGUAAAUGAGUGUUGAAAUUUAUUUUUUCUACAGCUUUCUUGGAGCUAGUUUAAGAAAUAAAGAUAGGGGGGGGGGGGGGGGCAGCUGAAUGGCUCAGUGGAUUGAGAACCAGGCCUAGAAGGGAGACGUAUGUUCAAAUAGGGCUUCAGACACUUCCUAGCUGUGUGACCCUGGGCAAGUCAAUUCCAUGGUUUAACCCUUACUGUUCUGCCUUGGAA